AAAGCCAUGGCCUCAGCUACAGUUACCAGGAAGUUGAGGGAGGAAGCCACCUGCCCCAUCUGCCUGGAGCUCAUGACUGAGCCCGUGAGCAUCGACUGUGGGCACAGCUACUGCCGCGUGUGCAUAGUGGGCCUUACUGAGAACCAAAGCUCUGAAACAUCCCCGGGAACAUUUCCUUGUCCCCAGUGUCGGAAUCCUUUUAAAAUUGAUAGUCUCCGGCCUAAUAAGCACCUCCAAAAUAUCAUUGAAACCAUCCAGGAGACAGAGCGUGAAAGGUUUUGUGAGAAACAUGGAGAGAAGCUCCACCUGUUCUGUGAGGAUGAUGGGCAGCUCAUCUGCUGGCGCUGUGAGCGGUCACCAGAGCACAAAGGACAUGUCACUGCUAUUUUUGAAGAUAUAUGCCAAGGUUACAGGGAAAAACUCCAGAAAACUGUGACAAAACUAAAAGACACAGAAGUCAAAUAUAUGCAGCUGAAGCUAGACACAACACAGAACAUACGUAGUUGGGAGGAGAAAAUAAGGCGUGAGAGAGAAAGAAUCCAUUCUGAAUUUAUGAAUCUUCACACAUUCCUGAACCAUGAGGAGGAGUUUUAUAUGUGUAGACUAGAGAAAGUGAAAGAGCAGAAGCUGAGCAGACUGCAGGACAAUGUAGCACAUCUGGAAAAUAAACUACAGGAAAUCAAGAACUGCAUCCUGGAACUGGACCAAAAAUGUCAGAGCUCAGCACAGAGUUUGCUGCAGGAUAUAAAGGACAUCUUGAACAGGAACUCAGACGUCAAUAUGGAAAUUCCAGAAGAUGUUUCUUUGGAGAUCCAUACUGUAUGCAAUGUCCCUGAUCUUUACUUUAGUGUGAAAAAAAUGCUAAAGUGCUAUCAAGUCACCGUGACUCUCGAUCCAGAUACUGCUCACCUAGGAUUACGACUGUCUGACAAUCACAGAAAAGUGUCUUACUGUGAAAGCUCCAAAAAGUCUAAAACUGUUGGGGGGUUUACUGUUUUACCCUGUGUCCUGGGCCGUGAGCCCUUCGUCUCAGGAAGACAUUACUUUGAAGUGGAUGUGCGAGAAGGAAUCAAGUGGGGUGUAGGAGUUUGUCUGGAAAAUGUGCCAAGGGACACACAGGAGCCUCAGUCUGGAUUCUGGGUCAUCAGACUGAGAAAGGACAAGAGCUGCUUAGCGCUUACUUCUCCCCCAACUCCCUUUCUUCUGAGGGACCAGCCUCAAGUUGUAGGGAUUAUUCUAGACUGUGAUGCUGGCCUAGUGUCCUUCUACAAUGCCACUACUGGUUCCCACCUCUACACCUUCCCAAAGGCCUCCUUCUCUCAUGCUCUCAGACCUUAUUUUGAGGUUUAUCCGUUUUCUUCUUUGUCCCUGACUUCCUUAAAUUAA